UUACUUAUCAGACCGAAUAUUAAUCUUGCUAUAAAACGCUGCGCCUCGUGAGCUUUUUUAAUUUGUGAGCAUAUUACAGCCAAGGUUGCGGAAGCUUUAAAGCUAGGGUGUGUCGGCAAGCAAUCUCUCUCUUUUUACAAUGAUCUACGACGUCAACUCUCCUCUCUUCCGUUCCUUCCUCAGCCAGAAGGGCGGCUCAUCUGAUAAGAGGAAAAUGGAGGAACAGAAGCCAAAGGAACAAAAACCCAAAGCAAGCGAGAAUAAGCCUGUGAUGACAGAAUAAAGCUGUUAACAUGGAGUGAUAGGUGCCUCGUCUACCAUGCUUUAAAGUGGUUUAGAAUGGAUGAAGGCUAUUUCAAAUGCUAUUAUAAAAUAUUAGGAAUUUUGUCUUGGCCAAUAUAAAUGAAUGUAUUUCUGGACUAAGAUUUUGAUUUUGUGAUGAAUGCUUGUUUGGAUAUAGCUGUUAUUUUGAGUUUGUGAUGGGCAUGGCAUUCUGAGAAACUGUUGUGCAUUGAAUGAUCUCUCAAAGCAGAUGAUGAGAUAGUAAACUUCAAUUAAAUCAUAUGUGACUCAUUUUUAGAGAA